GAUUGAAAGGGGGCGUGGGGCCGCCGGGGAGUUCAAAGCUUUGGCAGUGGAACUACGGCCUAGCUAUAUAUACUUUUUUAGGAACAAUUUGUCCAGGCCGCGUUUGGCGGCGGGGGCAUGCAGUCGUCUGCCACGCUGAACGCCGUCGGCUGGGGCCUGUUCCAGCUCGGGGGUGUGACCUCCCGCAACGCCCCCUUCGCCAAUUACAUCACCACGGACGGGGUGGCCUGCAGCGUGGCGCGAGAAGCACACAACAAGCCGCUGGCCAACUUGAAGCCGGCGACCGCGCCCGCCGAUGCGGGGGAGCUGUGCACCCUGGAGGAGAUGAAGGCCACGCAGAUCAUCGGUGUGGACCCGUGCGGGGGAGGGAAUUGGUUCAUGGCAGCACGGUCUCCGCUGUACCAGCCAGGGCCCUGGGCUUGGGAGGGUGUCGGGGAGGGUGUCGGCCCUGCCCAGCGCUACCUGCUCGAGCUGCACGACAAGCAGCUGGAUGAGGAGUUGUUCCCUGGGCAGCUGCCGCCGGAGCCGCGUCGCAGGCGCAAGGGUGGCGGGCGCAAGGGGGGCGGGCGUACGGGGGGCCACCGCCGGAAGCAAUCUAAGCACUGGCAGCCGCGAGCCAGGACAGCGCGGCGGCGGCGCCAGAAGCGGGGCCGAUUCCAUAUGAGCAUGGGCCACUGGCGGCACAUGUCAGGCCUGGAACGACUCCAGCCAAACCGCCCACAGCUUGCGCCAGCCCUGCAGGCGUACAUUGGCGGCAUCCCCACGGCGGCGACCGCGUCGGCGGCCCGGUUUGAAGAGCGCCUGCGCUACCUCUUCGCCAGUGGGGCGGCAGGGCAGGCGGCGGGGCAGGCGGCGGGGCAAGCGGCGGGGCAGGCGGCGGGGCAGGCGGCGGGGCAGGCGGCGGGGCAGGCGGCGGGGCAAGCGGCGGGGCAGGCGGCGGGGCAGGCGGCGGGGCAGGCGGCGGGGCAAGCGGCGGGGCAGGCGGCGGGGCAGGCGGCGGGGCAGGCGGCGGGGCAAGCGGCGGGGCAGGCGGCGGGGCAGGCGGCGGGGCAGGCGGCGGGGCAAGCGGCGGGGCAGGCGGCGGGGCAGGCGGCGGGGCAGGCAGAGGCGGGGCCCCGGGGCGCGGUGCACGUGCUGUGGCACUACCACUUCUCCGCCUUCCGCCGAAAGCGCUGGGCUGCGUUCAUCCAGCGCGACCGCGCGCUCCACCGCGUCGCCAAGCAGCUCACAGGCGGCAGGCCCAAGGAGGAGGUGGUGGUGGGGUGGGGUUCGUGGGCCUUCCAGGGAGGGAAGGGCGGCUCCCCCAUCUCCGUCAGGGGCGGGCGCGCGCCGACGGGGCGGCUCAUCAAGCUGCUCCGUGAGCGCUACGCCAAGCAUGUGUUCAUCAUCGAUGAAUACAAGACCUCCAAGACCUGCUACAACUGCGGGUGUCAGGAGAUGGCCAUCAAGCGGCUUGGGGGGCUGAAGGAGGGGCAGCGGCCCUGGUCGGUCAAAGUCUGCAACGACUGCUUGACGACCUGGAACCGCGACGUCUCCGCCGCCAACGUGAUCCGUGUGCUCCUCCUGCUGAAGCUGAUGGGCUUCGAGCGGCCGAUCAAGCUGCAGCGGCCGCCAUGGCCGCCGGCGGCGGCGGGGCCGGGCUGAGAGCCUGAACGGCGCUAGCAGGGCGUGGGGCUGAGGGUGCACGUGUCGAUUGGCGGCGAGUGACGUGACUAGUUUGUUAGCUGCGGGUUAGCACGGACUGUGCACCCCACCCAACCGGCCACGUCCGGAUUUGCGGGGAUGCCAAAGGCCCCCAACAUAGAGGCGUGUGCAAUUUGCGUGUGCUUAGUAGGCGCCCGCGUCAAGGUGGCUGGGUUGAUAACGACCCGGGAUCAGCCCUUUUCCUGCCAUAAGGCAGCCACCUCCUUGUUAGGAACAAUGUGUAAUGGUCAGGGCCU